AAUAUUUGUUUAUUCACAAUGAUAACAAAUUAUUUUUUCAGUUAUGCAUUGGUGCAUGCGUCGCGUAAGACACUGAGCACAGUAAAACCAUCACUUAUCACUGAGUGGACUGAUAACAGCACCGGUGAGCAGCCAGUAUUUCCUGAUGAGCAUUCAGCGGAACAGUUUCUUGCAUUACUUGAUGGCUCAUUUCUGGUAGCAUAUGCUGUGGGUCUUUACUUAGGUGGAACGUUAGGUGAUCAUUAUGAUCCGACAAAGGUGCUUGCUUGCGGUAUGUGGGCAUCUGCAGUUACUGUAUUUUUGUUUGGAAUAUUGAAAUGGUUGCCAUUCCAUUCACCAGCGUUUUAUGCAUUAACGUGGAUAGCAUGUGGCUUAUUUCAGUCUGUUGCCUGGCCGACAGAAAUAUCAAUUAUGGGUAGCUGGUUUGGGCAUAAUAGUCGUGGUGCUGUGUUAGGUCUUUGGUCAUCAUGUGCUUCAAUUGGAAAUAUAAUAGGUACAUUGGUCUCAUCACAUACAAUACAGCUAGGAUACGAAUAUUCGUUUGUAGCAAAUGCAUGUUCGCUUUUCUUCGGAGCAUUUUUCAUUUUCUUUUGUCUCUCACCGCACCCUAUUGAACAUGGGCGAGAUGCUGUAAUAUCUGAUACUAAUGAUGCAGAAACACCAAAGGCAAUCAGUAUUUUCCGUGCUUGGUGUCUUCCUGGUGUUCUUGCCUAUUCACUAGCUUAUGCAUGUCUUAAAUUAGUCAAUUAUUCCUUAUUCUUUUGGUUGCCUUUCUAUCUUCAUGCGCAUUAUGAGUGGGAAGAAUCUGUUGCUGAUGCUUUCUCGACCUGGUUCGAUUUGGGUGGUAUUAUUGCUGCAGUUCUUAUAGGAAUUGCUUCUGAUCAUUUUUCAUCACGUACACCAAUUUUAAUAUUUAUGUUAUUCUUGUCAAUGGGUUCUUUAUUUAUUUAUGCUAAUUCACCGAACGAUGUUUUGGUUAAUUCAUUUCUGAUGGCAUUGACAGGGUUUUUUGUUGGAGGACCAUCUAAUCUUAUUUCGUCUGCGGUAGCUACCGACCUCGGUGAAGCGGGAGAAAUCAGAGGAUCAGCAAGAGCGUUAAGCACAGUUACGGGUAUUAUUGAUGGGACUGGUAGUAUUGGAGCAGGAAUCGGUCAGCUUCUCAUUCCGAAAAUUGAAGCAUCAUUUGGUUGGAUAGCUGUUUUCUAUGGCUUCAUUGUUAUGAUGUUCUGGGCAAUUCUGUGUUUGAUACCAUUGUUAUGGAAAGAAUUAAUUAGCAGAUCACGUCCUCGUUACGUACAUUUACAUACAGGUAGAAGCGAGGAUUCAUCAGAAUCUUAUUCUGAUAACAUCAGUGAUUCAGGUAUAGCUAAGGUAGAAGCAGCAAUAGGAGUUAGGCAUCGUAAUUCGCCAGAUAGUUAA